CAUUGUUCAGGAAUUUCUUACUGUCUGUGACAUUUCAAGGACCAGUUUCAUUUCCUACUCGCUCUCAGUCUGUUGGGGAAUUAUUUGGAGAGGUAAUGUUACAUUAGCCACUAACACUCUGACAUUCUGACAAAUGAUCUGUGUGAGCCUCAGGUUAACAUUUUAGCCACCUGGUGAGGUGAAGCUGCAACACAGAAGGAAAUUUAUGAAGGAACACAGUGAACCCUGUUAAACAUCAGUGACUCCAAGCUGAGUGAUUGGUGAACUGCUGUCUCCACAGGAACAGCCCAUCCCAUUGAGCCUCAAAUCCAGAUUACCACAUGUCAGCAAAGCAGCCCCUGAAGAUCUGGGGGAAAGGUUGACUCUUGGUUCAGUCGAUCAAAAGGAAUCUCGCCAACCACUUGUCUCUCUGCAAGUAACUGACCAGUUGUCCCUCAUCUAAGAUAUGUCGUCGGCCCAACACGACGGGACCUUCAGUCAGCUCAAUAAGUUUGAGAAACUGUCGUGGAGGCCCUCCAUCCGAGACUCAGGCUCUAAGAAGCGGGCACGGUGGCUUCAGGCUCGACGCAUCUUCUCCCCCUCUUGCCCGAACCUGCGGAUCCCCAACAGGUUUCUGAGAGAAGGACACUGUGUGCCCCCUGCCCGCAGUGGACACCGCUGUGUUGCAGACAGCACCAACCUGUACGUGUUUGGAGGCUACAACCCAGACUUUGAGGAGGCAGGCGGGUCAGAGAAUGAAGACUACCCUCUUUUCAGGGAGCUUUGGCGGUUUCAUUUUGCCACAGCCACGUGGCAGCAGGUCCGCACGGAGGGCUACAUGCCCACAGAACUGGCCUCCAUGUCAGCUGUUUUACAUGGCAACAACCUGCUUGUGUUUGGUGGCACUGGGAUUCCAUUUGGUGAAAACAAUGGCAAUGACGUCCACGUCUGCAAUGUUCAGUACAAACGAUGGAACUUGCUCAACUGCAGAGGGAAGAAACCCAACAAGAUCUACGGGCAGGCGAUGGUCAUCAUAAAUGGCUACCUCUAUGUGUUUGGAGGGACAACAGGCUACCUUUACAGCACCGACCUGCACAGGCUGGACCUGACCACCAGAGAAUGGACCCACCUCAAACCCAACAACGCACCCUCGGAUCUGCCUGAGGAGAGGUACAGACAUGAGCUAGCUCACGAUGGACAGAGAAUAUACAUUUUAGGAGGAGGAACUUCCUGGACAUCGUAUCCCCUGGACAAAAUUCACGCAUAUAAUUUAGAGACAAAUUACUGGGAGGAAAUGAUGACCAAACCCCAUGAAAAAAUAGGAUAUCCCGCUCCCCGCCGUUGUCACAGCUGUGUGCAGGUCAAAGACGAGGUAUUUAUAUGUGGGGGUUAUAACGGGGAACUGAUCCUGUCGGACCUGUGGAAGAUCGACCUGCAAACUUUUCAGUGGACCAAGCUGCCUGCCCUCAUGCCAGAACCAGCGUACUUUCACUGUGCAGCAGUCACUCCGGCCGGCUGUAUGUAUGUCCAUGGCGGUGUCGUCAACAUGUCCGGGAACCGCAGGACUGGAUCUUUGUACAAAGUGUGGUUGGUGGUGCCCAGCCUGCUGGAACUGACCUGGGAAAAACUGCUGAAAACUUUCCCUCACUUAACCCAGCUGUCCACCCUUCAGCUGCUCAGCCUGGGACUGACACACACACUAAUUCAACGGCUCAAAUAGAGGAACACAGAGACUGAAGGAAGGCAGUACGUGAUGGAACAGCACCGACUCUAACUAGGCAAAAAAAAGGUUCUUGAGAGAAAGACCAAUGUCAGAUGGUUAUGAAAAUACUUUGAAUGCCUUCUAAAUUUAGUCUUAUGUAAAUGUGUGUGCUUUUUUCCCCCUAAAUUCAAAGUGCAAUGUUUGAAGUUUGUCUGUAUGUGGAUGUGUCAGAUUUGAGUUUGCACGUAUCUGUCAGAAGCCAUGCAUCAGUGCAGAAACCAAAUCACCGUAUGCCGAUUUCCACUUCCUCGUCGCUCAGAGGUAUCUUGUGUAACACUCAUCAUUUAUGUAGCGCAUUCCUCCUUGUUUUUUUUUUUUGUUUGUGUUUUUUUUUAACCACACAUUAUCGUCACAGAAACUUGUGGAGCAUGAGCAGGAAAAGUUAAGUUAAAUGUUCCAAAGACCUCUUCUUUAAAGGAAAGAUGAAUGUUGCUUCUGCUUAGCUUCCACUCAGAGGCUGAGAUGUGUUUGUUAAUCAUUGCUCAGUGUUGCCAGUCAGCUGCUGCCAUGCUCACUGUGACACAGGUUAGAGAUGAUUGUGGUUUCAAACAGGAGGAAUCUGUGACCAGUGACGCUGCUGAUAAUGCACAUUGUAACUGUGACACCUCUGAACAGCCUAACUAGGUCAAUUAUUUAAGGCAUCAUGUUUUAGCCUCAAGGACUUUCCAGUUGCAUGCUAGAAUUGAGCUGUGUUAUAACUCUACCGUUCAAACUGAAAAUGUUCCCCUCAUUGCGGGUCACAUUAGGCCUUGUGAUCUGACGAAAAAACCCCAAAGCCCCAUCUGUGACAUUGCCUCACUGUGAAUAUUCCUGUGCCUCUUUGAUUUUUCUUCUUGGAAAAAUGAAGCUGAGUUAGACAUGAAUUUACACACCUGUAGCUCCACCAUGAUUCUCCAGCCUUUUUUAUGUUCUUCAUUUGGUGCCUUCUGGAUUUCCAAAAUGUCACACACAUUUUUUUUUUUUUUGUUGUUGUUGUUUUUUAAGACGUACAUAAUAACUCUCUGAACUGUGUGUGUAUUUGUAGGUUUUAUUUCCCAUGAGAUUUACCUGGUGCUCUCCAUGUGAGCCUUUUGUUGCCAAGUUUUCCUGCUCAUGAUUAAUCAGGAGAUACCACUGCAGCUGAAGAUUUUUCAUUAACUUAAAUCCACAGAGACAUUUUUACUUAUUUAUUUAAAUCACAGUGCUGCUGUUUUAUUUUAUACAAAACUUUAAAUUGUAGCAGAUUGUGUAGCUACAUUUCUUUUUUCCACCUGAUUUCACUGUUAUUUCAUUCUUUAUGCCUAAACUCCAUUUUAACCUUUUUAUACUGUCACAUAUUAUUUUUAUCUUUUGGUCUUAUUUCUCUUGAGAACAUUGUGCUGUGGGACUUGGGACUAUUUUUUUUUUUUUUAAACUAGUGACAAAGUAUGAGUAGUUUGUGAGGAGUAUGUCAGGCGUACUCAGGAUGUAAAAUACUGUGAUCAGACUCAGUCUGUAGAGCUCUGCAGACAUUCACCAUCGUUCAAAUGUCAGCAGGCUCAGUCAUUUCUGUGAAAUCAGAUUUAGGUACGCCCUACAUGAUUUUGAUGAAAACAGACAUUUUGCUGUUACUGUAAAUCUUAAAUACUGUAGUGACUCUCCCAGCUGCUUGUAUCGAGCCACAGGCCUCUUUCUCUCAUCUGUUUGGUUAAUCUCUAUCUUGAAUUUUGAAUUUAGUUCACACAUUAUCUGUAACUGUGUUGAUACAAUAUUUAGCAAAACUCAUCUGAAAGUUAUUGUAUCUUGCCCAUUUUCACAUUCAAAAAUUCACCUUCAGUUACUUUUUUCCUGAGUUCGACACGUUAUGGCCUUAUUUAUAUCUUAUUGUGAAGCAGCAGUCUGCUUCACUACAUGCUCAGACUUGGUAAAUGUACUACAUUGCUUAAGAUUGAGAUGUUUAUAUUUGCAUCAUAUUUGAUGUUAACGAAAGUUAAAUGAUCUCUUUUGCAUGUCAGUUCGGUGUGCAUGUCACUUUACAUAAACUCGUGGGAGAAAAGGUGAAUAUCUCCUCAAAGGCAAUUAUGGCUGCAACGUACAUUAUGUUUUGUAAUUCCUGUCUGUACAAACAAUAAAAACACAGGCAGCCAGUUUUUCAGAA